AAAAAACAAAAAAAUGUAACUUACAAUAGCAGGACGUUGUUCCUGGCAACAGAUUCAAUAGUUCAGUUCGUUUUUGACAGUCUUCCGAACGAUACAUUCGUUCCCCAAAAUUAACCGGUUUAUUUCUAUCAAUAUUUUUACAUACUAUUAGAUCUCUGUUAUUUGCAAAAUUAUUUUGACAGUUUUAUAUUGACAGCUUGGAUAAACACGAAAAAAAUGGUACGAUUAUUUGCGACUGGAGGACACAAGGACGAAGAGCGACCAAUCAGAAUAAUAUUUGAAUAAAUUUUCAGCGCGAAUGUAUAUCAAUGCACGUUGGUCAGGCAGGCGUUCAAAUGGGCAAUUCCUGUUGGGAAUUGUACUGCUUGGAACAUGGAAUACAGCCCGACGGUACGAUGCCGUCGGACAAGUCGUCCGGAACGAACGAUUGUUUCAAUACAUUUUUCAACGAAACGAGAUCCGGAAAAAUGGUACCUCGAGCGGUGAUGGUCGACCUCGAACCUACGGUGGUCGAUGAAGUUCGAGUCGGUGCUUACAAAUAUCUCUACCAUCCGGAACAAUUGAUAACGGGGAAGGAAGAUGCGGCGAACAACUACGCGCGAGGUCAUUAUUCGAUAGGCCGCGAGGUGAUAGAUUCGGUUAUGGAUCGAGUUCGACGUCUGACCGAUCUGUGCACGGGUCUACAAGGCUUUUUCGUAUUUCACUCUUUCGGUGGUGGCACCGGUUCCGGAUUUACAUCCCUUCUGAUGCAAAAAUUAUCGGAGAAUUAUGGGAAAAAGAGUAAACUCGAGUUUGUCGUUUAUCCUGCUCCGCAGGUAUCCACAGCCGUGGUCGAGCCUUACAACGCAAUAUUGACGACCCACACAACGAUAAGUCAUUCGGACUGUGCGUUCAUGGUCGAUAACGAAGCCAUUUACGAUAUUUGCCGACGUAAACUUGGAAUCGAACGCCCCUCGUACGCGAACUUGAAUCGAUUGAUAAGUCAGGUGGUUUCCUCGAUAACCGCUUCACUGAGAUUCGACGGUGCUCUCAACGUCGAUCUUACGGAAUUCCAAACGAAUCUCGUACCGUAUCCGAGGAUACAUUUCCCAUUGGCAACUUACGCGCCCGUCGUUUCCGCCGACAAAGCUUUUCACGAGGGUAUGUCAGUCGCUGAAAUAACGUCCGAGUGCUUCGAAGCCUCGAACCAAAUGGUCAAGUGCGAUCCACGGGAGGGCAAAUACAUGGCCUGUUGUUUGUUGUAUCGUGGGGACGUUGUCCCCAAAGACGUCAACGCUGCAAUUGCUACUAUGAAAGCCAAAAGUUCCAUACGUUUCGUCGAUUGGUGUCCGACCGGAUUCAAAGUUGGCAUUAACUAUCAACCGCCGACGGUAGUGCCCGGUGGCGACUUGGCCAAAGUACAACGAGCCGUGUCAAUGCUCUCGAAUACCACGGCGAUCGAGGAAGCCUGGGCGAAGUUGAAUCGCAAAUUCGAUCUCAUGUACAACAAAAGGGCAUUUGUCCAUUGGUACGUCGGCGAGGGAAUGGAAGAGGGUGAAUUUUCCGAAGCCCGGGAGGACUUGGCGGCACUGGAACGUGAUUACGAAGAGGUCUCCCUCGAAUCUGCGUCUUCGACGGAUACCCCAUUAGAGUAUUGACGGAAAUUCAUAUUUCAAAGUAUCUUUUCGCCACCUCCUUUUCUUGCGUCGCUUUUACACCAACAUUUCUAUCUCACUUUUCUUUAGUACAUUUAUAUUAUCUUUUUUUCGAUUAUAUAUUUUAUGUGUACCGUUUUUUUUUUAUCUAUAAAAACUGACUUUCGACGUACAAUUAUUUCGGUGGAGCGGUUUUAGUUGGUCUGGGAAAUAUAUAAAAAAACAAUGUUAAAUUUGUAUUUUUUUUCAGUUAGAAGUUACAAACGGGAUGAAAUGAAAAGGGA